AUGCCCGCAGCCAUAAAGAUAACCUUGCCCAAGUUGGCAGCCAAUACAAAACCUUACGCCAAUGCUUUAAAGCUUUCUAUUGCUGCCCAGGUAACUGGAGCUAAACUUAUUCAAUCAACUGGCGAAGCUGUCUCUUUUGUUGUUUCUGACAGUCUUGCCUUGAGUGACGCGAAUGCUGCUCUCAAUCCUUUGAUUAUCAAGAGAAGAAUUGAACAAGCUUUCGAGAAUGCUGAAUAUAUUAUUAGCAAUUACUCAAGUGCUUUUGCCAAGGAGGCUGACAAGGUUACUUUAGUCGAUGCUAUUUAUUAUGGUACACUUGUUGAAACUCUUACUGCUGCUAAAGAUCUCAGCAAUUUCCCUGUCUUAUCUGCUUGGUUUGAAAUAGUAUCCAAGAACAACAAAGUGACAGCUGGUGUCGACUUUAUCAAGGAAUUGACAAACAAAGGCACCAAGCCAAAGAACAAGAAUGCUCACGCCGAAAAAAAAGUCACUAAGGAAAUCCCUAAGCCUGUGAUCAACACUGCUACACAAAAAGUCAAGCCCAACAUUGCUGCCAAAGUCGUUGAUCCUGCUAUUAAAGUUCUUCCCAAGGAAAAUGAACGUAACAUUUUGAUCACAUCCGCUCUUCCUUAUGUCAACAACGUACCUCACUUGGGUAACAUCAUUGGUUCUACACUCAGUGCCGAUGUUUAUGCUAGAUACUGUCGUGCUCGUGGCUAUAACACUGUUUAUUUCUGUGGUACUGAUGAAUAUGGUACUGCCACUGAAACAAAGGCUUUGGAAGAAGGCGUUAGCUGUCAAGCUCUUUGUGACAAAUACAAUGCUAUUCACAACGAUGUCUACAAAUGGUUUGAUCUUUCUUUUGAUCUUUUCGGUCGUACUACCACUCAAAAGCAGACUGAAAUUGCUCAAGAAAUUUUCUUCAAGAAUUAUGAAAAUGGCAACAUUGUCAAGGAAAGCAUGACUCAAUUGUAUUGUGAAAAGUGUAGCAGAUUCUUGGCUGAUCGUUAUGUUGAAGGUAUUUGUCCCAACUGUAAGUAUGAUGAUGCUCGUGGUGAUCAAUGUGAUGCUUGUGGUAAGCUCUUGAACGCCACCGAUCUUAUUGAGCCUCGCUGUAAGCUUGAUAACAACAAGCCUAUCACUAAGGAAUCCAACCAUCUUUUCCUUGAUUUGGCCAAACUUCAAUCUGAAAUUGAAAAGGCAUUUAAGCAAUCUGCUGAAGAAGGUAAAUGGUCAGCUAACGGUAUCAACAUCACGCAAUCUUGGUUGAAGGAGGGUUUGAAGCCUCGUUGUAUUACUCGUGAUCUCAAAUGGGGUACUCCUGUUCCUCUUGAAGGUUACGAAGACAAGGUCUUUUAUGUUUGGUUUGAUGCUCCUAUUGGUUAUCCCAGUAUCACUGCCAAUUACACUGAUGAAUGGGCUAAGUGGUGGAAGAACCCUGACAACGUUAAGUUGUAUCAAUUCAUGGGUAAAGAUAAUGUUCCUUUCCACUCUGUUAUUUUCCCUGGUAGUGAAAUCGGUACUGGUGAGAAGUGGACUGUUGUCAACCAUAUCAGUACUUGUGAAUACCUCAACUAUGAAGGUGGCAAAUUCUCCAAGUCUCGUAAUGUAGGUGUGUUUGGUAACAAUGCUCAGGACACUGGUAUUCCUCCUUCUGUCUGGCGUUAUUACCUUUUGUCUGUCCGUCCUGAAACCAGUGAUUCUAUGUUUACAUGGAAUGAAUUUAUUACCAAGAACAACAGUGAAUUACUAAACAACCUUGGUAACUUUGUUAACCGUGGUAUUCGCUUCAUCUUUUCUAAAUACGAUGGUGUGAUCCCUAAGGCUGACUUCUCUGGUGCUUUAGAAACAGACCUCAUCAAGGAUAUCAAUGUACUCUUGAAGCAAUACGUAGAGACAUUGGAGGCUGUCAAGCUUAGAGCUGGUCUUAGUAUUGCUAUGACAAUCUCUGCUCGUGGUAACCAAUAUCUUCAAGAAGCUAACCUGAGCAAUGCUUUGUUUGAUGAAUCUCGUCCCAAGUGUGAUGCUGUUGUUGCCACUGCGGCCAACUUGAUCUAUCUCAUUUCCGCUAUCAUUGGCCCCUAUAUGCCUGCUAGCGCUGAAAGUAUCUGUCGCCAACUGAAUGCUCCUCUUAGAACUAUUCCUGAUGAAUUCACCAUGGACAUUUUGGAAGGUCACAAAUUGGGUGGUGCUGAAUAUCUGUUUACUAGAAUUGAUGAAAAAAUGGAACAAACUUGGAAGGCCACAUAUGGUACUGGUUCAAACUAG